UUCGAGUUCCAAUCGAUAUGUCCAAUCGGGUAGGUCGGGGCUCCGAUGGCAAAGUAAUGCAAUGCUUUGCACAGCGCGGCGAUUACCAUGCGCCUCGGGAGCUGAAAGCAAGCUAAACCGACACACUAUUACUACUAAUAACAAUAAAUUUAGCAGUUUACAGCGAUAUGUGUUUAAGCUGCAGGCGGGACGUGCAGUACUAGUCUAGAACGACGCGGAAUAAACCCCUAUCACAAAUCGGCAGCUAUCGCUUGGCGCUUCUGGGGAAACUUCACAUUUAAACAGCCUCAGGGAGCGAUGUUAGCUGUGGACGACAAACGCUUGUUCUGUGAAAGGUGUCAGCUGUAUUUCAGUGACUCCUGUCCUGCCCAUGGCCCCCCCCACUUUAUCAAAGACAGUGCGGUUUUGGAGGGGGUGGGGGACAGGGCGGUGCUGUCCCUGCCGCAGUGCCUGGUGCUGGUGGAGAGGUCCCAGGACCCCAUGGGGGCGGUGGGUGUGUUCUCACAGUCCCACCUGUCCCAGGGCUCGAUUUUUGGACCCUAUGAAGGAGAGGGGCUUCUGAGCCGCCAAGCCUGCACCAAGUACUCUUGGGCGAUUAAAGAUAAGGGUUUCUUCUUCUACGUUGACGGGUCCGACGAAUCAAAAGCCAACUGGAUGAGGUACGUGGCGUGUGCGUCCAGCGAGACGGAGCAGAACCUGACCGUGUUCCAGUACCACGGGCGGAUCUACUACCGCGUCUCCAAGGAGACGCCGGCGGGGGUGGAGCUGCGGGUGUGGAUCGGUCGGGAGUACGGUACCAUGCUGGGCCUGCAGCUGGGUGACCACGUGCGGUUUGCGUUUGGGGAGAAGGAGGCGCUGAUGAAGACCUUUCAGGACGUGCAGAUGGUCUCCGUGGGCGACGGGGGCGAGCAGCCGGCCAGCCCGCCCCUGGCCAUCGGCGCGGUGUACAGCGAGGUGAAGACCGAGGACCGCUCACCCUCCGGCCACGGGACCCCCACCGUGUCCUCCACCAACCCGCCGCCCCCCGUGCCACGCCCAGACUCCUCCCUGGCCCCCGCCCGCCCCGCCCUCAAGUUCAACUUCGUGAAGGGGUCGGAGAGCCUGGUGAGCCUGAGCCGGGCCCAGAGCCGCUACUGGACCUUCUUCGGGUUCGAGGCCAACUGCUUCGGCCAGUUCCUGGACAAGACCAAGAUCAUCUGCAAGCUGUGCGGCGGGCGUCUGGCGUACAGCGGGAACACCACCAACCUGCGGCAGCACCUCAUCUACAAGCACCGCCGCGAGUUCAACCAGCUGAUGGACUCGGGCGUGGCCGGGAUCCUCCCCGGCCCCUCCCCCGCAGCAGGCGUCAUCCCAAAGCUGGCCCCACCCCCCGCCCCACCCGCCGGCCUGCCCGGUCCCAGACUGCACCGGGGCGGGGAGGGCAGCGCCAGCGUGAGCAGCAGCGUGACUAACAGGGUGUCCCCCGCCCCCCCCGCUGCGCUGCCGGCAGCCACGCCCCCCCCGGUCUCAGCGGCGCAGGCCGCCGCCGCCAUCGCAGACUUCCUGGUGCAGGACCUGCUGCCCCCCGAAACGGUGGAGGGGGAGGGGUUCCGCCUGCUCCUCAGCACCCUGCUGCCCUCCUACAAGCUGCCCUCCGCCCAGGCCCUGGCACAGGAGCUGCUGGGCGGAGCUUACCGGCAGGGCAGGGCAAAGUGGGCGGGGCUACUGCGGGAGGCCGUGAGGGGGGCGGGGCCCGCGGAGAAGUCCCCAGUCAUCACGCUCUCCCCGGAUGAAGCGAGUCGGGACUCCGACUGCAGCGCUGACCUUUCACCCCUGGCGGGCCCCGCCCCCGCGCCCAAGGAGGGCGGGGCCCGGUCGCCCGUGGCGUUGAGCGGCGAGGUGUGGUGGCACGGCUGGAGGGGCGGGGCCAGUUACGUCACGCUCUCCGCCCACUUCGUGGACGAGGACUUCAGGCAGCACAGCCUGACCCUGUCGUCACGGCGACUGGGGGAGGCAAGCGUAGAAGCCCGGGUUCGAGAGAUGGCCUGGGAGUGGGGUGUUGCCACGCCCAGCUUCAUUCUGCUGGGGGGCGAGGAGGGGAACGCCAGCUCUCUGUACCCAAACUUUCCCACCGCUGCACGAAGAGGUGCACCUGCCCCCCCAGAGCAGAGCUCCAGUCUGGCUCCCGAACACGCCCCCAGCCCCCCCCGCCCUGCUUCCUCCUCAGGCCCGUCCGCCCCACUCCGCCCUGUCCCCUGCUGGCCGCCGGUCUCCUGCGUGCUGGGCGUCCUGAGGGACUGCAUGCAGCGCGUUCUGCAGCUCCCCGACGUGCAGCGCGCCCUCAGCCGCUGUCAGGCCCUUCUCUCCCGGCUCCUCCCUUUCGCCACCCCGCCUGACCCCGCCCUCUCGGAGCCCGGCCCCGCCCCCUCCCCGGCCCCGCCCCCAGGCGUGGUGGAGCUGCUGGCGGACCCCGCCCUGAAGGCCGUGCUCAGGUGGUGGGGGCGGGAUGGCCUGAGCUGGAGCUCGCUGUACUCGGGGGUGCAGACUCUGUCUGACUCCCAGCAGGCUCUCGCCCGCGUCCAGCAGAAAAUGUCUGCCAGCAGCAGUGACCCCGCCCCCCAGCAGCCUGCCAACGCUGACCCUGCCCCCCAGCAGCCUGCCGACGCUGACCCCGCCCCCCAGCAGCCUGCCGACGCUGACCCCGCCCCCCAGCAGCCUGCCGACGCUGACCCCGCCCCCCAGCAGCCUGCCGACGCUGACCCCGCCCCCCAGCAGCCUGCUGCUGGCCUCCCGGAGCCCUGUGAUUGGUCGUUGCUACGGGAACUGUGUGGCGUGCUGAAGCCGCUGGACGUGGCCUGCAGCACCCUGGCUCGGGAGCAGUUCCCCCGCCUGUCGCUGGUCAAACCGGUCCUGACCAGUCUGCUGUCCCGCCACUUUGCGCCCUGUCCCGCUGACUCCCCCUUCAGGCGGGAGGCCAAGCGGGCGGUACGGGACGGCCUGGCGGAGCGCUACAGCGACCCGCGGCUCAGCCCCGCCCUCAGCCUGGCCUGCGCGCUGGACCCCCGCUUCCGCGGCCUGGAGUUCCUGGAGGCGGGGGAGCGGGCGGAGACCCUGCGCUGGCUGAAGGAGGAGGCCCUGGAGCUGGCCCAGGAGGCCCAGCCGGCGGAGCGGGACGGGGGCCACAAGCGCGGGUCCAAACGCCCCAGGGCCGGCGCUCUCACCAGGAGCAGGAAACGGGCGCAGGGAAGGGCAGAACCCGGGGCAGCCAGCAGGGGGCGCUCCGGCCCGGAGCAGAAAGAGCCUGCAGCCACCAUCAUCCUGGACAACGAUGAGGAGGACGAUGAAGACGAUGGUGUGAGGGAACGUAAGAUGGAGGCGCAGUCCUCCGGGCCGGCCCCCAGAGAGCAGGGGCUCUCGGACAUGGAGUUCCUGCUGGGGGGGCUGUGCUCCGCCCGGCCCCAGACCCCCCAGCGGUCCCGGGCUCAGCAGCUCGAGCGGGAGCUGGCCAUCUUCUGGGCGGAGCCUGCGGCGGAACUGGGGGAGGAGCCUCUGCAGUGGUGGCGAGAGAGGGUGGGGCAGCUGCCCCUCCUGGCCCGGGCCGCCCGUGUUUACCUGGCUGCGCCCGCCAUCGCAGGCCAUGCCCCCCGCCGACUGGCACAGGGCAUGGAGGAGGGAGGGGCCAUGUUCCACAAGAGAGCCAAUAUCCCCCCCGAGUUCCUGGACCAGUUGCUGUUCCUGCACCACAACCGCUUGAGCGUUACCGCUAACCAGAACACAACCGCCUGAGCGUUACCGCUAACCAGAACACAACCGCCUGAGCGUUACCGCUAACCAGAACACAACCGCCUGAGCGUUACCGCUAACCAGAACACAUAGUACAGAAACACGCUGCUAACCAGAACACAACCGCCUGAGCGUUACCGCUAACCAGAAAAUGCAGGCAGGAAGAUAUUUUAUUAUUAACCUGUGAUUUGGAGACUCCAAAAGGACACUUGGUAAACAAAUGGUGUUAUGGGUCUUUAUAUGUGUAAAAUAUUAUAUAUUGUAUACUGUAUGCUAAUGGCAGAAGUAUGCUGGAAUCAGCUCCCCUUCCCCCUAUCUGUCACCCUCUCCCCCUGCCUCUCCUUGCUCUCCCCUUGCCACCUCUGGCAGCAGCAGGUCUGGAAGAUUGUAGAAAGUAAACACAUUAGCUAACUAGUUUACUGAUCCAUUGAUUGAGGUCCAUUAAAGUUUUAGUCAGAUACCCCACCCGUAUCAACAUGUCAAACAGAUCCCACAAUUUCUCAUGCCCAAUUUAUUAUUCAUGUUUAUAAGCAUACUGAAUUAUAAUAAAACAUAUUUUGAGAAUGCAUGUAAAUGGUCACCGAUAUAAAAUGGGAUAAAGUCCUUCACUUCACAGCCCUCUGCUGUGGAUUCAAAGCUGUUUUCACUGUUUUUCUCUGAAAUAUUCUUCCAAGCCCUCCAAAUUCUGUCUUCUGUAUAGACUUAGGCACUAUAAAAUAGACUUAGGCACUUAUAAAAUAAAUGUCUGUUGUAAAACAA